UUGUUUCAGAAUAACAUUACAAAUACCGCAUCAAUUGAAGUUACAAUGGAGACAGAAGAAGACGACAACGAUGAAAGUAAAGUCAGAUAAAGGAAUAAUUUUCUUCAAAAUGCCAAUAAGACUGAAAAUAAUAAUAAUUUUAUGGUAUUAUAGUCGACUCACAGAGGCUGUGUGCCCCCGACUCUGUGAAUGCAAAUGGAAGAGUGGAAAAGAAAGUGUAUUUUGUGUAAACGCGAGUCUGUCCCUGGUACCGCUCCAGUUGGAUGCCGGAACCCAAAUUUUAGACCUAACCGGUAACAAUAUAUCUACAAUAAAACACGAGGAAUUCAGUAAAGCCGGUCUGGUAAAUUUACAAAAAAUAUUUCUCGUCAAAUGUCGCUUAAAAACUCUGGAAAGGUAUUCCUUCAAAUACUUAAUCAAUUUAGUAGAGCUGGAUUUGAGUUUUAAUUUAUUAAACAACGUACCCUCCCAUACAUUCGAUUCUAUCACAGAAUUACGGGAGCUUAAGCUAAACGGAAAUUCAAUUCAAAAAAUUUUUAACGAUGCUUUUCUACACAUUCCUCAGUUAAUCAGAUUGGAGAUUUCAGACUGCAAAUUGUCGUACAUAGAGGCCAGAGCUUUUACUGGCUUGGAAAAAUCUUUGGAGUGGCUUAAAUUGGAUAACAAUAAACUCACAGACGUUUUACCAAACUCUUUCACCAAUUUACAAAGUUUGCACGGCUUAGAACUGGAAGGUAACCCGUGGAAUUGUUCUUGUUCGCUUAGACCGCUACGUGAAUGGAUGUUGAGGAAAAAUGUACCGUUUGGUAUACCGCCGAUAUGCCAUAGUCCUAAGCGGUUGUAUAUGAAAACGUGGGACAAAUUGGACUUGGACGAGUAUGCUUGUGUCCCAGAGAUUUUUGCUUAUGACAGUAAGGCGUACGGAAUUGAAGGAAAAAAUAUUACUAUGACAUGCAGGAUAGCAGGAAUUCCAGAACCAAAUGUCAGAUGGCUGAUGAAGAACAAAGUGAUAGCUAAUCUUUCUGGUGCUUCGUAUUCAGGAGGCAAAAAAUUAUACGUCGUUCAUCUCAGCAACAGUUCCAGCGAACUGACCAUCUUCAGUGCCGACUUACAAGACGCCGGUACUUACAUUUGCUCCGCCGAAAACAAAGCUGGAAAAGCUGAAGCUAGCGUAACGCUAGCCGUGUCCAAAAAAAACCCUGAAACUGGCUUUUCCAACAAAAUUUUAGUAGCAAGCAUAGUGACUGGAAUUUCCUUCGUUUUAAUAUCGUGUUUAAUCUCAUUGUGUAUAUACACGGCCAGGAAAAAACAAGUGAUAAAGUGGAGAAAUCGCGAGUGCCGACGUGAAGACAACUACGAAAAAAUCGAGUUGAAUCAUAAAGUUGUGAAUGUAAACGGUGGUGUAAAUGUGAACCAAGAAUUGAUUGUGGCGGGCGAAAGACGUAAUGGUGAAUAUAUAGUUGUGCCCGGUGCGGAUACCGAUCAAGAAGUCGAUGACGAAGAGGAAAGUAAUGUUGGAGUGGCGUCUACUAAAAAAGCUAGUAAACUUUUUAAGGAUGAAUUCGGUGUUGAACGACAGGGAUGGAAUUCGCCAGAGAAUUUGCUUGAUCCGGAGGAUCUGCAUAUUCCGAGGAGAACCAUUCAAGAAACUAGAGACAAUAUCAAGAAAAGCUGCAGUUCGACGUGUGGUACAUUUAGCCAAUACACUACAACACCGCCGACAAGCUUCCCCACUCCAAUCUACUCCUCCUCUUCGCUGCGAAGGUAUCUACCGCCAACUACAUCUUCCGUCUACUCAGCCAAAGAGCUUCCCAGGGUGUCCGAAGACGCGGAAAAACAUUUUCCCGAUCUCAUAGAAGGAUCACCGAAUAGUAAACCUUUCGAUGUGAAAUAUUUUAGUGCGUCUCGGGCGGCUAGUGACAGUGGCAGUGUAUCGGAUAUAAACGAAAUUUUCUGUACUUUACCGAGGAAAAAGGAAUUAGUGCAUUCUUCGAGAUAUAGGAGUAAUGACAGUCAAACGCCUUUGUUAGCUGAAAGCAGAUAUGGUAGCAGCGGUGGAGAAAGCAUCCUCAGCGGCCAAGACAGACGAAUGUCCGAUUCCCCGAAGUAUCCCCUUACAACAAGUUUAAACAGAAACAGGGUAAACAAGAUAUCGAAUAGUUAUUUAAAUCUGACCCGAGAAGAAGGUCAUCAAGCCAAAGAGCCUACAAAUGAUAUGAUCGCUACUCCUUUACUAGAUGUAUCAAAUUUAGAAAAUCGGGUAUGGUACAAUAAGAGAGGAACGUCAGACAAAGUAUCUCCGACCACAAGCACUACACCGAAUGCCAAUACCUACGACUACCACGCGGCUCAGCUAGAAAGGUUCUUAGAAGAGUAUAGGAGCCUCCAGAAACAGUUGACUAAAAUGAAGGAGACAUGCGAUAACCUUUGCUUAGAAAAGGAAAAGGAGAAGCACCUGUCUUUCAUGCCAUCGACAUCGGUAACUAACAAACCUGCCUCCUUAGCCCUGUCGCCUAACUCUAAUCAACCUUUGGAGGAUUCUAUAGAUUUCAAAAAUUUUGAAAACGAACUCAAGAAAUAUUUAAUAACCAAAAAGUUGUCUCCAAAAAACUUUAAUAACACCGAAUUUGGUUCUUAAAUAACAAUAUUUUGAAGUUUAUUUAUUAUCUUUGACAAUAGUUAUUGUUAUACUAUGGUUUAUUUAUAAUAAUUCAUAAUUAUAAUAUAAUUUGGCAUUAAUCAUUUACCAAAGUUCAAUCAGUUCAUUGAAAUUAAUUUAUAAAUAUAAACAGAC